ACCAGAAUAAAUGGACUGCAGACGUGAAUGCCACGCUUCAUCGGGCACUCGGUUUGAUUCCGCACAAAGGGAACUACGUGUUAUUACUAAUGAUGUCAGUGCUGUCAAGUCGUUUUCUACUGGAGGGAGGGAGGCAGUUGCUGAAGUUGCAGGGAAACAUAGUGUAGAGCUGAAUGCAUUUUUUGAACUGCUAAACAAAAAGCUCAUUAAAAAAUAACCUUUUGCCGCUGUAGUACUGUAUGUUGUUCUACUAGUCACAUAAAUAAGCAAAGGAGAUAUAGUGAUAAAGAUUCAGGCACAUCUGUCAUCCGAUGAUUCACGCUGGAAGUUUAGUGACAAAACUAUCGUCUUCUACACUGUCUUGACCUUAGCAUUAGUCACCAAAUGUAAUAAUACAAUAACUCCCUCAGGAAUUUCAUGGUGAAUAAUGAGAUAGCAUUUGCCGUCCGAUAAAAAAAAGUACAUACACAGUUAAAAAACAGUGUAUGAUCUGCAGUUGUAAGAUCAGUGCACUUUUUUUUAAGAAACACAAGCGUUUGCUCUUUCUUUUGGAUAUAUGCACGUGUCUCUGAUGCAUGCACUUAACGGCAAAUGCACCAAUCAAUGUGAGUCUGAAGGAAAUUGUCACCUGCCAGAUGUUUGUGAUACUCCUGCAAGGUUCGCCUAUGAUAUUGUGUGAGUAUCGCCCUUUACCUAAAUAGCGCGGCGCACUGGCUUUGAUAUAAUCCGCACUCUCGGGAGCUGCAGAACAGCAGCAAAACCACUGCGCCAGCUUCGUGUUUCAUCUGGUUCAUACCUGUGGAAAAUAUUGUGAUCCGAGAAAAGGCUUCGAGCGUUUGUUGAGCGUGCCACGUCUUCUGUAUGUCAACUGUGUCAUUUGGGCAGCUUCCUGAUCAGGAAGAAAGAAGUCAGGACCAGAUCAGCACCAGUCUUUUGAACAGCUCCCUCUAUUUCGUCUCAUUUUUGUGUAUUUUUCUUGAUAUUUUCAAUCCGGAUGGGCAAUAGAUCUGUGAUCUUUUAAGCAACUUUCAUUUUAAAUGGCAUCGCCAAGAUUUUGGUCUUUUGCAGCCGAAAAUGAGGGGAAUAACAGCAACCAAAACCCCGGCACACCAAGAGCCUGGUGUCAAGCUGCACAAAAAUUCACUGGAGGAAUCGGAUCAAAACUGUGUGCACUUCUUUCUACUGGAGAAGGUGAAAAAGCAGCGAAUCUCGCCGCUAAACAAGAAGGAUCGACUUUAGAGACCUGCAGCUGUAAGGAGCUUUGUACCUGUUCCAAAAAUAAUAUUGAUUUCUCCGUCCUGUAUUCAACAGACCUCCUGCCUGCAAGCGAUGGAGAUACAGCAACAAUGGCCUUUCUACAAGAAGUUAUGGACAUUUUACUUUCAUAUAUAGUGAACACGUUUGACAGGUCUACAAAAGUCAUUGAUUUCCACUACCCAAAUGAAUUACUUCAAGCUAACAAUUGGGAACUUACUGAUGAGCCAGAAACCCUGGAUGACAUUUUAUUGAACUGCAGAUCAACAAUGAAAUAUGCUAUUAAAACAGGCCACCCCAGGUACUUCAAUCAGCUUUCUACAGGAUUAGAUAUGGUUGGUUUAGCAGCCGACUGGCUGACCUCUACUGCUAAUACUAAUAUGUUCACCUAUGAGAUUGCCCCAGUGUUUGUCCUGAUGGAAUAUGUCACUCUAAAGAAAAUGAGGGAGAUGAUUGGCUGGCCAGACGGCAAUGGAGACGGAAUAUUCUCACCAGGUGGAGCGAUAUCUAAUAUGUAUGCAAUGCUGGUGGCCCGAUACAAGAUGUUCCCUGAAGUGAAGGAGAAGGGAAUGUCAGCUGUUCCAAGGCUGGUUGCCUUCACAUCUGAACAUAGUCACUUUUCCAUUAAGAAGGGGGCAGCAGCUUUAGGAAUUGGCACGGACAGUGUUAUUUUGGUCAAGGUCGAUGACAGAGGUAAAAUGAUACCGUCAGACCUUGAACGAAGAAUAAUUGAAGCCAAACAGAAGGGCUAUGUGCCGUUCUUUGUAAGUGCUACAGCUGGCACUACAGUGUAUGGAGCGUUUGAUCCACUCAUUGCCAUCGCAGAUGUGUGCAAGAAACACAAAGUCUGGAUGCAUGUUGAUGGAGCCUGGGGUGGUGGACUGCUGAUGUCCAGAAAGCAUCGAUGGAAAUUAAAUGGAGUCGAAAGGGCCAAUUCUGUCACAUGGAAUCCGCACAAAAUGAUGUCCGUCCCAUUGCAGUGCUCCGCUCUACUAGUCAGAGAAGAGGGGUUGAUGCAGAACUGCAACCAGAUGCAUGCCUGCUACCUCUUCCAGCAAGACAAGCAUUACGAUCUGUCCUAUGACACUGGUGACAAAGCCCUGCAGUGUGGGCGCCAUGUUGAUAUUUUUAAACUGUGGCUGAUGUGGAAAGCCAAGGGCACCAUAGGCUUUGAAGCCCAAAUUGACAAGUGCUUGGAGCUCUCAGAGUAUCUUUACAACAAAAUAAAGAACAGGGAAGGCUACGAAAUGGUUUUUAAUGAAAAACCUCAGCAUACAAACGUCUGUUUCUGGUAUCUACCACCUAGUCUUCGCUAUGUGGAAGACAAGGAAGAGAGAUUGAGACGCUUGAGUAAGGUAGCGCCAGUAAUCAAGACCAGAAUGAUGGAGUAUGGGACCACAAUGGUAAGUUACCAGCCACAAGGAGACAAGGUGAAUUUCUUUCGUAUGGUCAUCUCAAACCCAGCUGCAGCUUUUGAAGACAUUGAUUUCCUUAUUGAUGAGAUUGAGCGACUUGGACAGGACUUAUAGGUCGGUGUUUUUGUAAAUGUCCUGAAUCGUUAGACAAAGGAAGCAUUUGUUGUGAAUGUACCAGUAUUUUAUUUUCUCCAGAAAUGAUCUAUUUCUGUAUUGUGGUGUAGCAGUGAAUAGUAUGUCAAGAACAGCUAUAAUUAAAUGUUAAGUUAAGCUUUUAUCUGUUCUUUGUAUCCGGACUAGAAAAUUGUAUUUUAUCUAGUUAAACUAAAUCUACAUUGUUCAAAACAUGAAACUAUAACAUGACGAGAGAUUCAUUUGACAUUACAAUAAAUGAUAGUAAGACAUAGGCAUCAUGAUGUAAAGGAAGAUGACAUUUUUAGAGGGAAUACUACUUACCUCAAACUUAAAACACUGCCUUUAAGAGAAAAAAAAAAAGGUUCCAGCAGUCUUUCUGAGGUAAAAUCAGGUUUAUAUGUGUGACAAUCCCUACAUAAUAAGCUUGAACCUUUAAGUUACAAGUUUGAAAUAGUAACAAAACCACUGCACAAGCACACUGGAAACAAGGUAGCAACUUGUUGAUAUCUUAAUAGUUUUUUGAGCAUCAGUAGUUGUUACUAAACAGAAUUUGCUCUAUGUAAUGGCAUUGACAAUUAUUUUGAGUUUAUUUUUCCCUCUAGCACAUUUCGUUAAUUGCCAAGCUGUAUUGCCAAAUAGAUUCACAGUAUUGAGAUUCAGUGCAAGUGCAUUUUUUGAUUACCGGGGGCCUGGAUUGAAUCAAAAUGAUGACGCUUCCAUAACCAUUACUGUACAUGGCAUAGCAUUGGCAGCUUCUUAAACUUUGAUUUCAUCCAGGUCAUGUGUAAGAGAGCUCAUUUUCACACAUAGGAAACUCAAGUAGUUUAUAACAGCGAGUGUCUCUCAACUCUUGAAUAUCUACUGUCAUAUAUUGUAUACUUUCAUUGGGCUGAUUAAAUAUGUACUUAAUGAAAGCACAACUGAAUACAGAUACAGAUGUGUAAGGUAAUUUAAGUAUUGAAUUGCUAUGUAUUAUUUUAUCCACAUUUUUAUUACUGUUAUAUAUUAUUUGACUUAUAUUUUUGUGAUUUAUUGUGACCAAACGCUUAGUACUUUCAAUGUUCUAAUUUAAAUAUAUACUGUAUAUUCAGGGUCAGGCUUUAUGGAUACCAUAGCAAAAAAAACGCUAUGGUAUCCAUCAAAAAUGCUGCAUAGCAAAAAAAAGUAUGUUCUAUUUUUAGAACUGUAGUGCAGGUUGCAAAAUAUUAUGCAAAGCCAUUUUAAAACCGAGCCCUGUGUUUUAAGUGUUUAAGUGAUGUGCCAAUAUUGUGAAGCUGAACAGAAAGUCUACAUGUGUGUCUGUAACUAUGUUGCCUUUGUAUGUACAGUAUUAAUAGCCAGUAAAGCUGUCUAGCUGUCCUCAGACUGAGGCUGUGCACUUUAGAGUCUAUAUGUAAGGUAAAGAUCAACGAGCUUGUGCUCUGUGUAUGGUUGUGUAUUUCUUGAUGUCAGAAGUGUUAUAGUAUGCAUUAACCACAUUGUUUAAAUGCCUUCGCGUGCCUGCUCGUUGACAUUAGAUGAAUGAAUGCUUUCAGUCUACAGCUUUUUGUGCUGCUUCUCAUGUCACUGCUUACAUUGUGGGUUCCUCAGUGUUGAGAACUUACAAUCCGUAAUGCCACUGUCUAACUUUCAACAUUUGCUUCCUGUAAUAUCAGAUUGAAAAGUGUUGGAAAAAGUGUUUGUGUUUUAAAGCAGUUUUAUGACUUUGUUACUGAUCACAGCUAUAGUGUGUGUGUGUGUGUGUGUGUGUGUGUGUGUGUUUGUCUGUGUUUGUGUAUUUUACAAAGUUAAGUAGAGUCUACAACUAAGCGACUUUGUUGAGCAAUUGCUUGCAUGGAAAAUCACAAUAUCCCCACACCUGCAACAUGAUGUGAUGGGGUAGACAGCCGAAAUAGCAGACAAUCUGGGAAACAGUGACUCAGGAAUGGGACACAUACUAAAAGCUAAAAGUAGAACAAUGCCCUGCAUUCCAUUAAUUCAACCUGGGGGCUUGGUUGCCUUUUAAUAAUCCUUUCUGUAUUACUGUGCAUACAGUGAUUAAUCAGUACUACUGCUAUGACUGCUACUACUUCUACUGCCUAUAAUACUACUACUACUCAUUUUUAGUUCUAUGACACCUUCGUAAUGCUUCUUUACUCGACUGCUGCAUGGCCGCGUUCUAUUAUUUCUGCUUAAAUUAGACACCUUACUGUCUUGUGUUCUGCUAUAUCUUUGCAUGAUAUUGCUAGUUUAUAAUGGUAGACAAAGAGCAGCUCCCUAAUUGCCAAGCUAAUCAAUUGCAAAGCUAAUUGCAUGGUCUGUUGUACCUGUUCUCUGUUUUGUACAGUCUGCACAGCUGUCUUUCUGAAACGCAGUUUAGCAAGUAUGAGAAUGAGAAGCUUGCUGUCUCCAUGCUUGUACCUGUUCUCCUUUGAAUGCAUUUGUCGCUAUUGAAGCCUUUAAAGCCAUGCUUACUGUACCAGCCAUAAAAAAGCAUCCAUAGAUGUUAACGGUGCUUUACCUAGUUGACUUUCUGGCUUAUUACUGUGAAUAUAUAUCUGUACAUAUAUUUAAUUUAUUUUAUAUGACAUGUUUGACCUAGUUUAAAAGGCAAUCAGUUUAGCAUGCCCUCUAUGGUUCUGCUCUGCAUCUACUCUAGUUUACUAUGGCUUACCACCGUUUUUAAUAAGCUUUACUAUGCCUCUGUGUGCUUUACAGUGCUUACUGUGCUUUGACUACUGUUACUACAUUGCUAUGCUUUUACCAUUCUAAACCUUAAGUAAGGGUCAUGUUGAAUUCAACUGAACUGAAUUGAAAAGAAGGAGUAUUUGAAUUUCACAGCCUCGUACCGUGCCGCGCAACACUCUCAUGUAACCCAGUUCUCAAAUGAUAUACAGAUGCAGGCAUCAAAGCACUUCAUGGCAUUGCUACAGUCACAUUUGUGACAGUUCUUUGGAGCAAUCAAACUAAUUUAGCACAUUUGAUGUUAACUGUGUCCCACAGAAUUGCAACCCUUAAAAUGAAUCCUUUAGGACAUUAGCCAAUAUGAAUUUUAAAGUAACAUUUCUAUGGAAAUAGACAUAUCAGCUUUUUGUCUCAUUCAAGGUUAAAACCUGAGGACCAAGACAAGACAACCUGCUAUAUAAAAAUAAGAUGUAUCUAAAUUAUGUUGUACUAUUAGUUUCUUGCAGUUUAUAUGUGUGUGUGUGUGUGUGUGUGUGUGUGUGUGUGUGUGUGUGUGUUAUUGCCAAAUAUUUACUUGUGUUUCAGUAUGUUAUGUACUUUAUCUGUGAUGUAAAUUAUUCUAAACACAGUAGCACAGUAGCAGCCUGCAUUACAAAAAUGUUAAUUGGUGGAAAGCAGAAAAAGAUGAGUUUUCUUUCAGUGUUCUGAUUGUAUUUUAAUGGCAUUCAGUAUUGCUUGUUAUAUUCAGCAAUUGUUAAAUCAUUGUAAGGUUUCUGUGAACUCACUUUUAUUAAAACUCCAAGCAAAAAAUA